AUGGCCAAAAUCUGUAAUCCUCAGCAAAUAAUAGAAGUUAUGUUCCUAGACGGCAUGUCUACAGACUACAGUGUCUUGUCAUUUCAUAUUAAUGAGAGCGCGGAGCUCGGAGCUAAAGUAAAGGUGCUUCGCUGUAAUAACUCUCGGCGGCAAAUGGGUCUUCCUUUUGACUUAAAUGACCCUUUCUCUCCCUCCGACGACACGUUUUGCUAUGAGACGGAUAUUUCAACUGAACAUAAAGAAGAAGAUCACGAUGCAGACGAAUCUCCGAUGGAGCCUCAACUCACUAGAGCCUAUUGUGAGCGGCCCUUUAGCACGGUAAAGGACGCUGAGAAUUUCUACAAUACAUAUGCUAAAAUUGUUGGCUUCAGCAUUCGUUGUCAAGAUCAGAGAAUAAAAAAUAAAAUACCUAAAAUGAGGCUCUGGGUGUGCAGCUGCCACGGUGUAAGGAGGAAGAGGUCCAUCAACCGCGCUAGGGCAGAGAGGCGGAUUACUCGGACCAACUGUGGAGCUUUAUUUCAAAUCAAGUGGAUGCCUUUGCUUAAUUUGUUUCAUGCAAGCAAAUUCGUUCAUGUUCAUAACCAUACUCUGGCUCUUCCUGCCCAUGUUCAGUUUCUUAGAAGCCAUCGACACAUCAAAGAAGAACAAGCCACAAAAAUCAACAUUCUUUUAGGUGCUGGUAUUCCAAAAGGGCAAAUAGUAGACUAUAUAUUAUCCAUCAAUGGAGAGUCUGAUGCUAUAGGAUUCACAAGGAAAGAUGUAUACAAUUAUCAGGUACCAUCGCAAGUGCCUAAAGGUUCAACGAAUGAUGCAGAGGCUACCGUCGCCUUCAUUACAGGACUUGCAGUAAAAGACCCUGGUAUUUAUUGCCGUUACUCUGCUAACGAAGAUGAGAAGCUCUGCAGGCUGUUCUUUUCAGACAGCAUUUCCAGGGCGGAGUUUAAGAAUUUCGGGGAUGUAGUAGUAUGCGAUGCAACAUACAAAACCAAUACAUUCCGCAUGCCCCUAGUCCUUUUCACAGGCCUAGACAACAAUCAUUUGAAUAUUGUCUUCGCAUUUGCAAUUAUAAAUUGCGAAGACGCAGAAACCUACAAUUGGGUCUUCAGGACGUUCGUCGAUUGCAUGGGCGGAACAGCGCCGAAAGCCAUCCUCACAGACGCAGACAAGGCGAUGCAGGUUGCCUUACGUGAAUCAAUGCGCUUAACAAGGCACGGGUGGUGUGCGUGGCAUAUUUGCCGUAACUUAACUUCAGUUCCGGGUAAAGAUCAAAAAUUCCGAGAUGAAUUUGCCGCUCUUAUGCAAAAAAAAUGCACUCCUGAUAUAUUUCGAUCUUUAUGGAAUCGAUUUAAAAAAAAAAACAUGUACUGCCCAAGAAAUUACCAUGGCUUGUGCUGA